CCACCGCGUCCUGUUCAUCCCGCUGGGUUUGCGGCGCCUGUUCCCUCCACCUCCUCCGCCCGAUUCACCGCCGCCGCUGGCUAGACCAGUUCGUUCGGUGAAGAAGCUCCAGCGGCCGCGGUGGACACCUGACAGUGGAAGUGUGGAACUACUGUUAAUGCUAUGCCGACUGAUUAAUUUCUUUUCCUCGAUCUACAUCAAACUAUCGUCCAUGUCCGUUCAUGAUUAAUUUUGCAUUGUCUUUGUGCCUCCCAAUGCUCCGCAAGUGAUGAGCACAUGGCCUGUCUCUGUCCGUGCCAAGUCAACUGGAUCUCAGAGAACAAGAAGUCUACUGCAACCAGAAAAUCCUCUACGCAAUCUCUUGCUUAGUUGCUCCAAGUCCUGACCAAACCGCAGAUUCUAGAAUCACACAUACCAGGAAGGUCCUCUCACUGACGGAGCAAUGGCGGAGGCUGCUGUUGUCAGUGUUGCCACGGGGGUGAUCAGGCCGCUCAUGGCCAAGCUCACCAAGCUGCUGGAGGAAGAGAGCUCCAAGCUCAAAGGUGUGCGCCGGAACACCAGAUUCAUAAGAGAUGAGCUCAACACCAUGAGUGCCACACUCGAUAUCCUUGCUGAUUCAGAGGACCUUAACCCUGAGAUGAAGAUCUGGAAGGAGCAUAUUCGUGAGCUCUCCUAUGACAUGGAAGAUUGCAUCAACGACUUCAUGUUUUUCUCUGAACCUACGGGUUUCAAGGGGUUCUUUCAAAACCUGAAGAAUCUCAAACUUCGCCAUGAGAUUGCCGGCGAGAUCGAAGAGCUCAAGGCCCGUGCUAUUGAGGCGAGCAAUAGGCACGAGAGGUACAAAAUUGACGGUGGGUACAUGCCCUUUGUGUGGAGGUUGACACCUUCCUCUAGCAUCCCUGCCAUUGAUCCUAGGCUGCAUGCCCUUUAUGUGGAGGUUGAUAAACUUGUCGGCAUUAGGGGUCCUAAAGAGGAGAUCAUUGAGUGGUUUCAGAAGAACAAUUCUUCCCAACAGCUCAAAGUGUUGUCAAUUGUUGGGCCAGGUGGUCUUGGUAAGACUACUUUGGCCAACCAAGUCUACAAUACGCUCAAAAGCCAAUACUCAUGUGCAACUUUGGUGUCAGUUUCUCAGCAACCUGAUUUCAGAAAGAUUCUCAGAGAGAUUGCUAAAGGAGUGGGGAUAACUAGCUACAGAUCUGAUGAUGAUGUGAAACAACUCAUUGAUAGGAUCAGAGAAUACCUCCAAGAUAAAAGGUACUUUGUUGUAGUUGAUGAUGUAUGGGGGACAGAAGCAUGGGAAACUAUGAGGCUUGCAUUUGUGAAUAAUAAUUGUGGGAGCAGACUUAUUGCUACAACACGUGUUAGUCCAGUUGCAUCGUACUGUUCUUCUCAAGGCGGUCAUGUUUACCAGAUGAAGCCCCUUGGUUUUACUGACUCGAAAAGGUUGCUUCUUGCAAGAGCAUUUGGUUCCGACAAUUUACACCAUCCUCACCUAGAAGAAGUAUCAGAUAAAAUAUUGGGAAAAUGUGCCGGUCUGCCAUUAGCCAUUAUUACUAUCUCUAGCCUGUUGGCUGAUCGGCAUGCCGUGGAAGAAUGGAAUAGGGUGCUAGCUGGCAUUGGUGCUUCACUUGCAAAGGACCCACUUGCCGGAAACAUGACAAAGAUUCUGUCUCUUAGUUACAUUGAUCUUCCUCACCAUCUGAGAACCUGUUUGCUGUACUUGACUGCGUUUCCAGAAGAUACUAUUAUCAAGAAACGAAUAUUGAUAAGUAGAUGGAUCGCUGAAGGAUUCAUUCAUGAAAAACAAGGGCAAAGCAAAUAUGAAGUAGGGGAGGGUUAUUUUAAUGAUCUUAUCAAUAGAAGUUUGAUCCAGCCUUAUAAGGUAAUAUAUGGCGAGGCAAAGGCAUGCCGAGUUCAUGACAUCAUUCUUGAUUUCAUCACCUGCAAGGCUACUGAAGAGAAUUUCAUGACUUCAUUUGAUGGAACAAAGCUUACACAUAAUUCAGAUUGUAAGGUGCGCAGGCUUUGUGUCAUCAAUCCCAACAAAGGAGACCUAACAAUGCCGAAAAACAUGGAACUCUCUCAUGUCCGAUCACUUACUGUAUCUUUGGGUCGCAUGAAGAACUUUUGGAUGUUUGCUCCAUCCCUUCUCACAUUGGACCUACAGGGUUGUAGAGAUAUAGGUGACUGGGAUCUCACACAUAUUCAAAAGAUGUUUCUUCUGAAGUAUUUGAGUCUUGGACAAGGAAAUAUAAAUAAGCUCCCAAAAAACAUUGAACAAUUGCAGAACAUAGAAACAUUGAACUUAAGAUAUACAGAUAUUAAAGAAUUGCCGUCGUCACUUGCAAGGCUUCCAAGGUUGGCCCGUCUAUAUGUUAAUAAGUACACAAGAUUUCCGGAUGGAAUAAUUGGACAGAUGCGGUGCUUAGAAGACCUUAAUGAGUUUGGGAUCUCUUCCUGGGAUGCAGUGAAAUCUCUGCAAGAAUUCUCCAAGCUCACCAAUCUGAGGACACUGAAAGUAGGAUGCAGCGAUUCUAUUCAAGACCCAGAUAGCGUAGAUGAAGCAAGAAGGCAAUUCAAGGAAUUAUGGAGUCAUGUGGGGACAUUAAUUUCUUCUGAAACUCUCCAUCAUCUAUAUUUCCCUGGCAAUCGUUAUAUCUACAGUUUUUAUAUCCUAAUGUCGCUAGAAUCGUGGUCCCAUGCUACUCCUUGUAGUCUUCGGAAGCUCCGCAUAUCAUCAUGGUGCAUCAACAAGGUUCCAAAGUGGAUGAGCUCACUUGGAAAUCUUAGAGAAUUGGAACUUUUAAUCUUCAGUAUGGGACCGGAAGAUGUUGCGAUCCUUGGAGCAAUGCCAGUUUUGCUUUUUCUGAGUCUACGCGUCAAUCACGGCACUAAUGGGAGGAUACUCAUCCGUGGGUUCACAGGUUUGAAAUAUUUCAAGCUGAAUCUCUUGUUCUGUGGGACCGCACUGGAGUUUCAAGCAGGAGCUAUGCCAAAGCUUGAGCACCUCGAGUUGGAACUUCCUGUGCACAGAAUGGAGUGUCUGAAUGGUGUUUCAGAUUUUGGUAUCCGGCACCUUCUGGCCCUGACCAAGCUCGAGGUUUUUGUUGAUUCUGAUAAUCAUUACAGGAAACCUGACGUACACCUGACAAACAAGGAGGCUGUAAGCCUUAUUAAAACUGUCAUUGGGACGCUUUGCAUCAGUCCAACUAUAUCAUCAUCGUCACGACUUCGCCAGAGUUGCCUUCCUUUUAAAGAGUACAUAGAAUACCGCACUCGCCGUUACGGGCUGCUGCCCGAGGAUGUUUCAAGGUGUAACUGAAGAGGUGCAUGGAUCGUUGUUGUAUUUAGAGAUGUUAUAUUGGCUGCUCACUUGUAACUUGCGACGAAAUUUGGUCUGUAAUCCAUGUACGGUAUCGAUUCAUAUCAGACUUGCAGACUUAAGUAAGACUAUACAAGUGAUAUGGUUCGAAAUCAAGACUUGUGGUGUAGAGUGGCUCUUCGUGUUGUUACUUCGAAAGCAGCUAUGAGUGUGA